AUGGAUGAAGAGCCAAGCCAUGGCAGAAAAAUGGAGACUAAAAAUGGUGGCAGUGGCCGAGAGAUAAAAUAUCGAGGCGUCCGAAGGCGGCCGUGGGGGAAAUUCGCGGCGGAGAUUCGCGACUCGGCUCGACAAGGGGCUCGGGUAUGGCUCGGGACAUAUAACACGGCUGAAGAUGCAGCAAGAGCUUAUGAUAGGGCAGCUUAUUCAAUGAGAGGUCAUUUAGCUAUACUUAAUUUUCCUGAGGAAUAUAAUUUGCCUAGUAGCUCUUCACAUUUUUAUACUGGUUCUUCAUCAUCGAGGGAAGUUCUUGAAUUUGAAUGUUUGGAUGAUAAGUUGCUAGAGGAACUUCUUGAUUGUGAUGAGCAAAACAAGAGGAAAUAAAGAUAAUGACCUCAAUGUGUCUAUCAGAAAUAAUUUUUUUACGUGUACACGAUAUUAAUAAAAUCUACGUAUACACUACCAUCUUUAUACCUCACAUAUAAGAUUACGCUGUAUUUGUUGUUGUUACCUAAAGUCACAUUAUUCUUAGGAUGGGGUGGUUUUUUUUUUCUCUUGGGUUCCCUUUUUCUUUUUAUUAUUUUACCUUUUGUUUUUGUUUUUUUGGUUUAUGGGGAUUUGGUUUUUGAAUGAAGCAAGCAACCUGCAGUUGCAAUGCUUCUAACACUAUUGUACUGUACUUUGCAAUGCAAAUGAUGAAAGGUCAAGAAAAGUCUUUGUGAUCAUAAAUAUUGCCAUUUCUCUCAACAAAUAUUUUGAUGUUUCUUCCAUUUUUUGUCAGCAAUACCACUGACAAAAGAACCAAGUUGAUAAAAACUUGUGGCCCUUGAUAAUUUCUCAAUUAGGUUGACUUUUCUUAACACUUUGCUAGCUAAUAAUAUUUGAGUUUAUGUCAGAAAAUGCUACACUUGUCAUUUUCGCGUUUCAUAUUUUUGGACAAACUUUCUCAUUAUAGUGUG